AUGGCCAACAGAGAUGCUCCACAACUGGACACAGUCGAGGACGAGAAGCAAGUCUCGCAUGUCACAAAUACUGAUGAGGAGCCUACCACCAAUUACUCAGCGUUCAGCAGAUGGCAAAAACGAUGGAUCGUCUUCAUUGCUGCUUUCGCUGCCUGGUUCUCAACCCUGACCUCAUUUGUCUUCUUUCCAGUCAUCACAUCCCUUGCCGAUGGCCUUCAUACCAGCAUUCAGAAUAUCAAUCUUACCGUGACUUCGUAUCUAAUUGUAGCAGGAAUAGCGCCCACCAUCACUGCCACUCUAGCCGACAGAGUCGGUAGAAGACCGGCAUUUUUGGCAUCGUUCCUAGUGUUCGUGACUGCAAACAUUGGGCUAGCACUGCAGAACUCAUUUCCAGCGCUCUUCGUGCUGCGUAUGCUACAGGCCACUGGUAUUGCAGGGACAUUUGCUAUUGCAUAUGGAGUCCUAGCCGAUGUUACAACACCUGCGGAGAGGGGUUCCUAUAUUGGCAUCGUCGCCUUCUGCACAAAUUCAGCACCCAGCGUCGGGCCAGUCAUUGCUGCCGCCCUCAACGCUAGCCUGGGUUGGCGAUCGGUUUUCUGGUUCUUGGUUGGCUGCUCCGGCGCCUGGCUGUUAGCCAUUCUCCUCUCGCUACCUGAGACUCUUCGAGCUAUCGUGGGUAACGGCACAGUUGUGGUAAGCAGCUGGCAUACUGUCCCACUCCGGCGGAUGAGACCGAAACCUUCCAAUGCGAAUAGAGCCGCGGAAAUCCCAAGACAACACACCAAAUCUGGGCUUGGCGGGCUGAUCAAGAUCUUGGGCCACAAAGACAAAGCUCUUGUGAUGUCAGCUAUUGCAGUUCUUUACAUGGUGUGGAAUUGUGUCCAGGCCUCGUUAGCUACGAUCUUCAUUAGGGUAUAUCACUUCAACUCCCUGCAGGCGGGCUUGAUAUAUAUUCCAUUUGGUGUGGGCGUUGGCUUUGCGGGAUUCGUGACGGGGCGAAUUCUGGAUCGUGACUACAAGCACAUCGCGACCAAGUACGGCUUUCCCGUGGACCGCAAGAAAGGAGAUGAUCUUACCGAAUUUCCCAUCGAGCAGGCUCGUUUUCGCAGCACUUUCAUCCCCCUGGCUGUCGUAUGUUGUGCUCUGGUUGCUUAUGGCUGGUGCCUGCAUUUCAAGGUGCAUUUUGCUGUGAAUCUCUUUCUCCAGCUUCUACUUGGUAUGAGUCUGCAAGUGUGCUUCACGACCUUGAACACUCUACUCAUGGAUCUGGAUCCCUUGUGUGCUGCCACAGCGCAGGCAGUAUCUAAUCUGUAUCGAUGUUUGCUUGCAGCCGGCGCUCUGGCGAUCCUGGAGGUCUUGCUCGAUCGUAUCGGUCCUGGCGCGACUUUCUCUAUCACAGCCGCUAUUGCGGCAUCUUGCUCUGCAAUUUGUCUUGUAGAAAGAUCUCGGGGCCAUCGCUGGCGGACGCAGAGGAGGGAAAGAGAGAGGUAG